AUGGAGAGAGCUAACUGUACAAAUAUCAUCUUUAGCUCUUCAGCAACAGUUUAUCAGCCAGCAAAAACAAUUGAUGAUCUGCCCCUUUCAGAAGAAUCACCGACAGGCGGAACCACCAAUCCUUAUGCAAGAUCGAAACUGCAUGUCGAAGAAAUUCUCGCCGACGCCUGUGUUGCCAAUUCGAAUCUCUCCGUCGUCAAUCUCCGCUACUUCAACCCCGUUGGCGCCCACGAAUCCGGUCUGAUCGGCGAAGACCCGCGAGGAAUUCCCAACAAUCUGAUGCCCUACGUCAGUCAAGUUGCUAUUGGCCGAAGACCGCACCUCAACGUUUUUGGAAACGACUAUCCAACGCAUGAUGGAACUGGAAUGAGAGAUUACAUUCACGUGGUGGAUUUGGCAAAGGGGCACCUGGCAGCGAUGAAGAGAUUCGACACUGCGUCGCGCGGUUUUGAAAGCUACAAUCUCGGAACAGGACAAGGCACCUCGGUUUUUGAGCUUGUCAAUGCGUUCAGGGAAGCUUCUGGAAGACCGAUUCCUACAGUAACUGUGGAACGCCGAGCCGGAGAUGUAGCUUGGUUAUGGUGUGCUCCCGAUAAGGCGCUAAAAGAUCUCGACUGGAAAGCGACGCGCAACAUCUCCGAUAUGUGCCGGGACAUGUGGCGAUUUCAGUUUAGAUCGAUGAACCCAUCCGGAUAUGUGGCGGACAAUUCAGAAGAACAAGAAUCGACUAUCAGUUCCGUGAUCUCCGAUGAUGAUUCGGACGAGUCAAAACGAUCAGACUCUGGAUUAAGCUCCGAUGAUGAUAGUAAUGCGAUUUUUCCGAAGUUAAAGCUCACCAUGAGUCCUGCAAAAAGCAUAUUUCAUAGAUAUAUCAAUAAACUGACGAGCAGCAAAAAGCACCAUGGUCUCUAA